AUGGCAAACCGAGCAGGAAAGAGGCCACAAGCACCCAAAUCAUGGAAAGACCAGUUAGAGGAUCUCAUUCAGAACGCCGUUCUCCGCGCAGAAGCGCUCAAAAUAGCCUAUCCGAAGUCAUUCGCCUCUUUCCAAGAUGCCGAAAGGUACGUCAAGGACUCUUGCGAAGAGCGGUGGUUUCGUUACGGGCUCGAGGCUGCCACUGCCAAAUCGGUUCGGAUGGACGUGGAGGGAAAAGUGCACAGGAGGGUUGUGAAUCGGGCGUAUGACGCGGAGCAAUUCACCAUCGACGCGAAUCCCAAGGCCGACGCGUGGUCGACUUCAGAUAAAUACUCGGCGAACGUGGAGCCCGUCCUAGCGCUCUUAAAGCAGUGGCCGGAAACCUUUCCAUCGCUGAAGAAGGCUGCGGCUUACGUCAGGGGAGUCUGCGAGGGGCGCAGGUUCAAGUUCUACAUCCCCGCUGCGACGGAGAAAGAUAGGAAGAGGGGUUUAUCGCCAGAAGACAAACUGGAGCCGCGGAUCGAAGUCUCUCCUCCAUCACGACCGUCUCGCUCUAGAAGCAGGCCAGGAGUUCCGACGCACGGCAAGGUGGACAUGGACUCGGUUGACAGGACCGCUCAGUACUUGGAAGCUCGUUUCGCGCUGGCGGAGAGCAUGCUAGCUGUGGCCUUUCCGAAACACUGGCAGCCCGAGAGUGAGAUGCACAUCCAGGAGGAGGACCAUGUUGAGGAGGAGCUCGACAUCGAAGACGAGGCCCAAAUCCAGGAUAAAGAGUUUCAGGAACUAGCGGGCACAACUCGACGCGGGAGCUUUACUUGGGGGGUCUAG